CUCUGUUGGGUUGCAGCGCGUGCAGAGCAGGGCUGGGGGCUUUCCCAUCGCCCCUGCAGGCUUUGAACUCCUAUUUUGGCUGUGUUGGUGUUGGGGAGGAGGGGGAGCACCUGGCGGCAGCUGUAAUCAGCUUUGCCAUCAGCUCCGUGCUCCCAAAGAGCCGCUGGGGCCGCGCUGGAAAAUUACCACUUUGAUUUUACUGGAAGUUUCUAAACACUGAGCUUCGGUUUUCCAACUCGGGCCCAAACCUCCCCUUAUUUUCCCUGGAAAGCAGACAGCGCUGCUUCAGAGGAACCGUCAGCAGAGCUGGGAGAGGGCUUCUUUAAUCACAGCAUUGGAAAAGCGUCUGCAGAGCUGCAGUUCUCCCUUUAAUCAAGAGUUGGAAGAGCGGCCGCGGAGCUGCAGCAUUCCCUUCGCUUCUCAGGGCUGCUUUCUGUGCAGGGGGAGCAAAGCAUCACCCCCAACGCACACCCCAAUUUGGGGGGGGGAUCUCUCCCACCUCCCCCAUUGCCACAGCUCUGAAAAAGCAGCGCUGGGUUUGAAUGGGAGACGCCACUCUCCCUUCCCCCCAACCCAAACCUUUAUCUGCCAGCUCCGUGCCGGCGUAUGGAAACAUUUUCUGCUUUGGACCUCACGAAGCAAACAGACGGAGAGAAAUAUUGGCAGCAGGAGGCUGAGCGAGCUCCCAAACAGGACCGGUCUGUGCAGAGAGCUGUAACACCCCAAGCCUUGGCCCCACAACUGCAACGGGAGCAAAGUGGAACAGCGGAGUUGGGGUCUGGGAUGCAGCAGCACCCAACUGCUGGCACUGGAAGAGAGAAGCGAGGAUUGGCCUCACCGCACGCAGCACGGGGAUUUAAUCGGUCCCUCGAUUCAAUCUGCGUUUCUCAUCCGGUUAAUUGGGCAUCGAAGGGAGGGAGGAGAAAGCAGCAGGUCCCUCUGUGUCGCUCCAAAGAAAACCCCAAAUUCAAGGAGCCCCCAAACCGCCGCCUCCCCCACGCAGAGGCAGAGCAGCUCCGCACCUUUCAGCCCCUCUUUAUUAAAAAACCAAAACAACUUAAAAACAACAAAACCACACGAGGCCAAUUGGCCCAAAGCCUGGGCAGCAAACGUGCCGAGUUCGAGGGCGUGGAUUUGGGCCAGUUGGAGUUAAAUGGAGUCGAGGAGAGCGGCUGCCAGGGCCGAGAGGCUUCUCACAGCAUCAAAUCCCACCAGCCAUCCUGGCCACCAACCAACGUUUAA